GCAGCGCUACACCUGUUCCCGCACGCCUCAGUCAGGUGGUUAAUUAACCCAAUUUUGGGAAGUAACCAAUCAGAGGGAUUAUGCAAAUAAGUAUGUAUGCUAAUGAAGGCUAGGGUAUAAAAGUAGAGAGCUUUAGAGUAAAAGGCGCGCAGUUAGACUUCGGGUGCGGACGCACGAGGCUGUCGGAGAAAAUCAUGGCGCAAGCCCCGCACGCCCCUCCUCCGGGGGCCAUCCAAGCAUUGCUGGCAGGACAGGGCCCACCGGUACCGGCAGCACCUCAACAAGCAGUCCAACAGGCAGCGGGGCAAGGUCCGCAGGCAGCGGGGCAAGGUCCGCAGGCAGCGGGGCAAGGUCUGCAGGCAGCGCAAGCUCCGCAGGCCGCGGGGCAAGGUCCGCAAGCCGCCCCCCAGCACGCGGCAGCACCCCCAGCGCCACCCCCAGCGCCACUUCAGCCGGUAGGACAAGGACAAGGGGCCGGAGCGCCGAUUGUGCAGCAGGGACAGGGGCAGCAGCAAAUACCCCCUCAACAGCCACCAGCGGCACUCAGGGGUGCAGCUGCACCGCAAGCACCCCCGGGAUUACCUCCACAAGUCCAGCAGGCGGCUGGAGUUCAGCCGGAUGGUGCCCCUCCUAUCCCACCGCAAGAGGAACUUGCGCAGUUGGUAAGAUCCCUUCAGGCUACAGUGGAGGGGUUCCAGAGGGGGCAAGUGGGAAUGAGAGCCAUUUUGAGAGAUAUAAGGAGCAUCGUACAGCGGCCAGACGCGCUGUUUGAUGCUGCCUCAGCCAUGCAGCUGGUGGAGGACUUGGCGGCGGCCGCUAAGAGGGAAGGACAUAGAAAAGCGGACGAUUAUCAAGCGGCAGCAGAACUUUUUAGAAUGAAUCGUCACGAUCCUAACCUUAAGGCGGCGUUGAGGGAAAUGUAUGCAACUGAUGCAGAAAGAAAGGUUGGAAAGCGUGUUGGGGGGAUCCUGGAGAAUUUAAGUAAUAAGGGUAACCAGGCAGUUUCAUCUGCACCAGCACAUGGGUCGCGGCAACAGUCGGGACAGUGUGGGCUGAUGCAGCAGCGGUGGCAACCCUAUGUCCCGCAGGGUUUCUUCAGCCCGCCUCAGCCAUUUUCUAACGCAGUACCACAGCAAUGGCUUUCCAACCUUCCCCAGAUAAUUCCCAACCUGGGUUUGCAGAGUUUCCCCAGCCAGCAGUGGAGCCCCAACCUGGGCCAGCAGGGCUGCUCUGGCCAGGGCCAGCUCUGGAACUCCAAUCCGCCUCAGUUUGGAAAUAGCAACCAAUUUCAACAGGCUAGCAGUAGAACCAGGCGGUGUUAUGGAUGUGGAAGUAAUAGGCAUUUGAUAGCGAAAUGUCCCGAGAAGAGGGGUAGGAUGAAAAAGGAGUAACAUUUUUGUUUGUACUAUUAUUGUUAUGGAGAAUGAAGCAAUUUUGUAACACUG